CUAAAUUGCGCGAAUUUCUUAUUUAGCUGUUGCUUGUUUUCAGUUAAUAGUGUUACUUAAUUACAAACUUUUAUACUAAAACACUAUGAGCCCAAGGAAGAAAAAGAUAAAAUUGGAGGAGAAAACAGACGGGAAAGAGUCAGAGAUGUCCUUGAAACGAGAAGCUGAAGCCAGAUCGCCGACGAAACGAGUUAAAGUUGAGACGCCUGAUAGCAAUGCAAAUGUUGAUAUUCAAGCUCUGAAGAGGAAAAACUUCGUGACAGCAUGUGAACAGGUUUCUUAUAAGGCGUAUUUCGACUUCGACACACGGUUCCAAAUGUUAGAUUCUCCGUCCUGCAUGACGGCAGAAACCUGCAACCAUCUGGAUUCUAACAAAAUUGGUAACAUCAGGCAGAUUCCAGACUACAUAGAACAAUGCAUCAAGACAGAACUGAAAUCCUACACAUGGUAUGAAGCAUUGGAACUAUGUCAGUUGUCCAUCACACCAGAAAAGUACCUGCCAGCAGACAUUCUCAAGGAAGUUGUGGAAAUUAUACUGAAUGCACAGGAGAAUAGUUAUGCAGAUUACACAUUAGAUGAGCUGAUUGAUAUAUCACAGCAAGUGCUAUCCCUGAGCUACAACAUGCACCCACCAUGUGUAAUGAAAUCCCUAAGGAACUUGUACAAAGACUUCCUCACAUCUCCCUUGGACAAGAAAGAAAAAACAUACUCAAACAGAACUCAAUUUGGUUAUGAUAAGGGCAUUGUAAAAUAUUGCAUGGAUAGACUAGAAUUUGAACUUAGUUUGGAGAGCACAGAUGAACCAAUAGUCGACAAAGACCAGGAAAUGCCAGAAGAAUUAACACAAAGUGUAAAAGGCCUCUAUUGGAAGAAAGAGAAAUUUGAAAUUUUUGAAGUACUGGAGCGCCCUGAUAGGAUUCAGCGUUUGAUGGCAGUUUUAGAAUCUUUGAUUGAAUUAUUGCAAUAUGAUUUGGGCAUUUGGCACUCUAGGUACAAGAGUAACCUAAGCAGCCAUGUGAUGAGGUCACACAGGCCACUAAUGGCUACAGUAUUGUGGUCAAACAAUGUGCUUUAUACUGGUGUUGUGAACAACAUCUGUCGACAGAUCUUCAGGCUAUUUGCGCAUUUGAUUCACCUUCAAUAUCCUCAGGAGCAUAUCAGCAUUAUGUCUACAUGGCUCACUGUGAUCAUCCAAACAUUUUAUAUAUGUGAAAACAAUUCCAACAGUGACUACCCGAAUGUAGGAAAAUAUUGUGCAGCAUUUGCAAAAGAAUUCUACAAAGUUAUAGCUGAAAUGCCAGGGGAAACCGUCAUCAGGAUAAUGGAGAAAAUAUAUCCAACUUUUAUGCAACACCUCAUAGGUGUUUGUCACCUGCAAUCAAUACUCUCCACAAAUGAGAGCAACAUAAUCAAGAUUUUUAUAAAAUUCCUUAAAGAGAAACAAUGGAAACUCUUCCCUGAUAGCCAAAGUGAGAUUCAGAUAUCGAAGAGUACCAUUAUCAGACCAAAGAAGGUGAAGAAUUUCAUGAAAUAUCUUGAAAAGAUUUCAACACUUCCAGAAGAUUUUGAUGAGUAUUGUGAAGUUGUGUAUCCAAAACUGGACCCUGAGACACUAGUUAGUGACAAUGUUGAUAGGAAUCAUAUUGUUCAUAUGCUGUAUAUUACUAUAGAUGCUUAUUUAGAUGCCUACAGCAUUCAGAGUGUCCAAGACACUUUAGAUGAUUUAAAUGAUCAGGUACAAAGAGGUAUCAAAACAACAAGUCAAUUUCCUGAAAAUACUUCUUACUCUGUAACAGAAUACUUUAUCAAACAAUAUAGAUCCAUAUACCAAAAUUUGACAGAACUAAUUGAUGUAUUGAACACUGUGAACAGGAAACAAAUACCUCAAAUUGAAAUAUUUGAAAACAUAGGGUUUUUCAGUGAGCUUGGAAGUUAAUUAUAUUGUGCCAUAGUUUGUUUUCCUAUUAUUAAGACUGAUUAAACUUAAUUUUAUAUUUCAACUUAUACAAUAAAGUUUCAUAAUUGUACCUCAAAAGUAAAAAAUAUUGAUGUUAUUUAAAAUAACCAUAUCAGUAUCGCCAUAGUUAUGUAAGUUGUAAAGUACCUAUGUGAAUAAUAAAAAAGACCUGAACAUA